AAAGACUCGUGCAAUGUAGAUCUGCUUCGUCGUCGCUUGCCUAUCGUGGGAUGGCUGCCAAAUUAUAACUGGAAUUAUUCCGUCUUUGAUCUUAUCGCUGGGGUCACCGUCGGACUUACAAUCAUCCCUCAGUCGAUCGCUUAUGCUGGCGUCGCGGGACUUCCUUUCGAGUAUGGCCUCUAUUCCUCAUUUAUGGGGUUGUUUGCAUACACCGUUUUUGGAUCGGUUAAAGAAUCGUCGAUUGGUCCAACAGCCGUCAUGGCUUUAAUGACCUUCAAUUAUGCCAACGAAGGGGGCCCUGCCUAUGCUUGCCUUUUGUCUUUUCUGGCUGGACUUAUUGAGCUUGUCGCCGGACUGCUUAACCUCGGAUUUAUGGUCGAUUUCAUUUCGGCGCCAGUCAUUUCUGGUUUCUGUUCGGCAGCCGCUUUGACCGUCGCCUCGACCCAGGUAAAAGGGCUCUUUGGACUGAAGUUUAGUGGAUCUUCCUUCGUUGAAAUCUGGACGGGUUUCUUUAAAAACCUGUCUAAAAUUAAACUGACUGCGAUGAAAAACCUUCGGCCUUUUAAGAAAAUUACAUGUCUCCGUAACCGAUUCAUUGAUAGUGGUUUGUGGUUUAUUUCAACUAGUCGAAAUGCCUUUGCUGUUAUUGGCGGCUGUGUGGCUGCGUACGUCUUGCAAGUCAACGGCCUAUCUCCUUUCACCUUAACAGGCAACAUCAAGGCCGGUCUACCUUCAUUCGAAUUGCCUCCGUUUUCAAUCAAUACGACAGAUUCCGACGGGAAUAGCACGGUUUUGUUAAGUUUUCCAGAGAUAUGUUCAGAACUGGGUGCAGCCAUCGGUCUAAUUCCCCUUAUCGCCAUAUUAGAGCAAGUUGCAAUAGCCAAAGCGUUCGCUUUCGGCAAACGAACGGACGCUACUCAGGAAAUGAUCGCUCUCGGUAUUGGAAAUAUCCUUGGUUCUUUUUUUGGCGCAAUGCCCAUCACUUCGUCAUUUGGAAGGAGCUCUGUUCAAAAUGCAAGCGGAGUCAAAACGCCGCUAUCCAACGUUUACGCAGGCAUUUUGGUUCUGUUGGCUUUGGGCUUUCUGAUGCCUACCCUGGCAUAUAUUCCGAAAGCGAUUCUCGCCGCUGUAAUCAUUACGUCAGUCAUUUUUAUGGUGGAAUUAGAGGAACUUAAACCUAUGUGGAAGAGCAGAAGGGUGGAACUAAUUCCGUUAGGUGUGACAUUCUUUUGCUGUCUCUUUGUAAACAUGGAGUACGGUAUUUUGAUUGGGGCUGCCGUACAUUUGUUUUUGUUGGCUUACAUGGCGGGAGGCCGUCCUCGUCCGGAGUUGAUACGGGAACCUGGUAGUAAGAAGACCGAAGGAAGAGUCGUCGUUAAAGCUGACACAAACCUUUACUUCCCUGGAGUAGAAAAAUUUCGCCAAGUUCUUAAUAAAGCCACUGAUGGAGAGACAUGCGUCUUGGUCGAUCUAUCGCACGUAACAGAAAUCGAUUACACUGCGCUAAAAAUGCUUAAAUCUGUGGCGUCAGAUUACCACAAAAGAGGCUUAAUGGUUCUGCAUUUUACCAAUGCUUCCUCAAAAGUAGCCAAAUCGAUAUCAUCUGCCUUACAUUCGGCUGACAUCGAUUUUCUAACACCCAAUAAGAUGAACAACGCAUUCGAACAAUGUGAACCAAAAACGGAUGAAGUCUAGACGAGUCGGCGUUCUUUCAUUGUCCUUAAAAAUUAUUACUUCUAUUAUAAUCAAGUAACUAAGAGUAUAUUUCUCACACGCAUUGAAGCACUGAAAAUUAUGUCCCUCGUUUUAGGUUUUGAUAUUGUUUUAGCAGCAGUGCACAUAAAUUAGUAAUGUUAGGAGAAAAAAAUAAAGGUGAAUAAAAUGUGAUACUGUGCCUUAUUUCAAUACAAGUUUGUUCUUAUUUCCCUGA